UUUCCAAGAUGGCGGCGCCUCCAUCGUCUGGGCGAAAUUUGCUGUAAGAUUCCGAUCAAAAAUCUCAGUCAAGGUAUCUCAGAGGUGGAGAGGUGGCCUGUUACCAUGCCAACGGAAGCUGCUGCCCAAGGGUUUUCCCGCCCGAAGCCCAAGCGCGGGAAGAGCCUUUCGCUGCGCCGAACACACAGUUCCACAGAAGCUGACCGCGAGAACCCCCGUCAUGGAAGCUUUACCGUGGAAGUUCAGGAGAGCGUGUUGCCGCCACACCUUCGAGCGCGACUCUGGGACCUGUUUCAGCAAAUCGAGCGGGAGGUGGAAGUGGUAUAUGCCGAGAACCUCGCACUUCAGGAGAAGGUGGAGGUCCUAACAGAGAGACUUGAGGCUGGCACCAGUGAUAAACCCAUGGGGGAGGAGUCACUGGAUGGAACCGCCAAGGCCAAUAUCGCUAAGAACAAGUCAUCCAGUCAACUCUCACAGAAACUGAAAACCACUUAUAAGGCCUCCACUAGCAAGAUGCAGCACCGCCUUCAGCAGUCCAUCGCGCCGGUUCGCGCCAGACUCGACACCGUGUCCGGUGCCUCGAUUGUGUCCAGCUUCAAACCAGCUAACACCAGUCAGUGCCAGAUGGUGCGAAGGUUCAUAGGUCACCGGGACGGAGUCUGGGAAGUCAACAUCUCCCGCGCAAAACCCCACGUUCUGGGCACGGCUUCAGCUGAUCGUACAGCCAAACUGUGGUGCAUGGCUACAGGCCAGUGUGUGCUGAACUACAUUGGCCACAGCGGAUCUGUCAACUCUAUCAGGUUCCACCCUAAUGACCAUCUGGCUCUCACAGCGUCUGGUGACCACACGGCCCAUGUCUGGAGAUCUGCCGUGGUCCUACCUCAGGUCCCACCUGAAGGAAAUCCUCUUUUGUUUUCUGGUGUGCAGCGCUCCUCGGAUGAUGACCAGAUAGAGGGAGCAGAGAAAGAAGAGGGGGAAGCUGCAGCUCACACAGAACCAGGGGACUCCUCAGAUUUCGCUCCCACCGUCGUAAGAAGUCCGCUUACAGAGCUCACAGGUCACCAAGGUGUGAUCAUCGCGGCUGAUUGGAUGGCAGAUGGUAAGCAGGUGGUGACGGCAUCAUGGGAUAGGACGGCCCAGCUGUAUGACUUGGAGACAACAGAGUUGGUGCACUCCCUCACAGGUCAUGACCAGGAGCUGACCAACUGCUCGACCCACCCCACCCAGCGACUCGUCGUGACCUCCUCCAAGGACAGCACCUUCCGCUUGUGGGACUUUCGGGACCCGUCUAUCCACUCUGUCAACGUGUUCCAGGGGCAUACCGAUACGGUGAACUCUGUGACCUUCACAAGUGGUGACAAUGUUGUGAGUGGGAGUGACGACCGUACUGUGAAGGUCUGGGACCUCAAGAACAUGCGGUCUCCCCUAGCAACCAUCAGGACGGACUCCGCUAUCAACCGACUCUCGGUGUCACCCCUGCACAAGGUGAUCGCCAUCCCGCACGACAACCGCCACAUCCGGCUGUUUGACCUCCAGGGCGUCCGUCUGGCCAGACUGCCACGCAGCAACAGAACGGGCCACCAUCGGAUGGUGUGCGGCACCGCGUGGUAUGAUGAAAACCCAGCGUGUAAUCUCUUCUCCUGCGGCUUCGACAGACAGGUGAUUGGAUGGCAGAUUGUAACAGCUGUCGCAUAAACAGGUGCAAGAAGGAUCUUCAGUUUGCAGAAUGAACGUAUGAAAUCUCUUGUAGCUCACCCUUAUUUCAUCAGGGUUUGAGCAAAAGACUCACGUUCGGGAACGCAUCAUUUGGCACGAACAAAGACAAGACAAGACGCCACGCUAAAACAAGGUUCGGUUUGCACUAAAGAUGAUAACAAAGAGUCAUUGAAAUGACGGCACAGAAAACUGGUAUAUUGUGGAUCUGUCUUAAAAAUGCAUUGACAUGUGAAAGGUUUUGCAAACACUUUUUUUAAGGAAGCAUUGAAGACAGCUCUGCCAGAGACAGGUCUAAAAAAAUGUUUUCUAGGUUGAUUUCUGUGGUGCCUCACCUGUACAACUUUGUCAGGUUUUGGAGCCUGGGUUUUGAGCCAGAACUGAGAGGUUGCUAAUAUACCGGUAAGUCGUGAUGCUGUAAUAGUGAAAAAUUGAUCAACAUUUGAAUUUUUAUGAACAGCACAUGUACAUUUGUUGUUUUGUAUGUAGUGAAGAAAGUUUUGAAAUGGACAGGAAUGAUUUUCAAAUUCUACAUUAUACUUAUGUCAAAAGGUAUCUUAUGAUGUAGAAACUUACCCAGCCAAUAGAAGGGAGAAAAUUAAAGCUGGAUAAUUCAAAUCAAAGCUGGAUAUAGUUAGAGAGUGUUGCCCAAGAAUGUUGUGGCAAAUUUGGCUCAGAAAGGAAAAAAACACCGGUUUAAGAGAUGUUAAACGUUGUACAUAUAUAUUCUUAGUUGUCUCUUUUACAAACGUCUGUAUGUGAGAUCUAAAUGUAGUUGUAAAGUGUUGCAACAAAAAGAUUUAUGUUAAAAACCAACACUUUAUUCCAUUUCCAUAGUAGUCGGGAAUUUUGUUGAAAAAAUGAAAAAGUGCUUUCGUCAUAAUCAGUUGCUGAAGUAGACACGUAUGAUAAUUAAAAAAAAAACAUAACCAGUUUGUGGCACUUGUAUAAUGAAAAGUGCUUCAAUAUCGUAAUAAUGCCUGUACAGUACUGUAUGUGUUCUUGUGGACUUAGAGAGUCAAUUUUAUAGUGUACAUGUAACAUAGUAAGAGGAACCUGAAUUACUACUGAACUAAAAAUGCUAUCAAAAUUCUUGUUCAGAAUUAUAACCUAUACUACUACUACUAGUACAUGCAGCACCGUAGAUUCUAACUUGGGCUAACAACGUAAUGCCUGUUGAUAAUCUUUGUUAACUUAAAAGUCCAAGUGCAAAUGCAGUCAAUUGAAUGUAACACUUUUAUGUACAUGUACAUGUUCAUGUACUUAGGAAAUAACAUUUUGAUGGUUCUGAUGUUCUUGUUAAAUGUGGUAUCUGUGUACAAUGUAUGUGGCCCAAGAUAGGCUGCUUUGUGUUAUAGAGGCCUCAAGGUACAAUUGGUACAAUUGUGUAUAAGGCAUAUUUACAACGGACAAGAGUCUUUGAUACAAAACCUCUGUUUUACUUGCCUGUAUCGCUAUUAUUACUUGUUCUCUUGGAUACUUUCCUUUUGAUCUUCUUUGAGGUCUAAAUGAGAUUUGUAUCUAGUCAAAGUGAAACUCCCCAGAUUGUCGAUCAAUUUUCACAUUUCCUGAGUCAGUAUCAAUAAAAUUUAUGCAGUGAG